AUGGGGCUCUCUGGAGAGGAGCCCAAGGGCGGAAAGCCCAAGUUAAGGGUGAAAUCAGCAGCCCAGCUGAAGUGCAUGUACACCAAUGCAUGCAGGAGGGGUGACAAACAAGAGGAACUGGAAGCCAUCAUGCAGCAGGAAAGCUAUGAUGUAGUCACCAUCACAGAAACAUGGGACACAAAGAGGGCCAUCAAUAAAACCUCUGUGCUGGACUUCCAGAGGGCAGAUUUCGGCCUAUUCAGAAGACUGGUUCAGAAGGUACCUUGGGAAAAAGCCCUUGAAAACAAAGGGGUCCAGCAGGGAUGGACACCCUUCAAGAAGCAAGUUUUGAAAGCACAGGAGCAGGCAGUCCCAGUGUGCCGAAAGGCCAGCCGGCGGGAAAGACAACCAGUCUGGCUGAACAGGGAGGUUUUGAAGGAAAUUGGGAAGUCUAUGGGACCAGAUGGGAUCCACCCUAGGGUCAUGAGGGAGCUGGCAGAAGAGCUCGCCAAGCCUCUCUCCAUCAUCUACCAACAGUCCUGGCUCACUGGGGAGGUCCCAGAUGAUUGGAAGUUGGCAAAUGUCACGCCAAUCCACAAAAAGGGCCGGAAGGAGGACCCAGGAAACUACAGACCUGUCAGCCUGACCUCAGUGCCUGGCAAGGUUAUGGAGCAGAUCAUCCUAAGUGCAAUCACACAGCAUCUACAGGAUGGACAAGGGAUCAGACCCAGCCAGCACGGGUUUAGGAAGGGCAGGUCCUGUCUGACCAACCUGAUCUCCUUUUAUGACCAGGUGGACCGCCUGGUGGAUGAGGGGAAGGCUGUGGAUGUGGUCUACCUGGACUUCAGCAAGGCCUUUGACACUGUCUCCCGUAGCAUUCUCCUGAAAAAGCUGUCAGCCCACGGCUUGGACAGGAGCACUCUGUGCUGUGUUAGGAACUCUGAUCGUCGGGUCCAGAGAGUGGUGAUGAAUGGUGCUGCAUCCAGUUGGCGGCUGGUCACUAGGGGUGUCCCCCAGGGAUCAGUAUUGGGCCCAGUUCUGUUUAAUAUCUUUAUUGAUGAUUUAGAUGAGGGCAUUGAGUCCACCAACCGCAAAUUUGCAGAUGACACUAAGCUGGGGGGGAGUGUCAAUCAGCUGGAAGGCAGGAGGGCUCUGCAGAGGGACCUGGACAGGCUGGAGAGAUGGUCUGAUUCCAGCGGGAUGAGGUUCAACAAGGCCAAGUGCCAGGUCCUGCACUUUGGCCACAACAACCCCAUGCAGCGCUACAGGCUGGGCACAGAGUGGCUGGAGAGCAGCCAGGCAGAUGGCCUUAGAAUUUAGAUUGACAGGAAGCUGAACAUGAGCCAGCAGUGUGCCCAGGUGGCCAAGAAGGCCAAUGGCAUCCUGGCCUUGAUCAGGAACAGCGUGGCCAGCAGGACCAGGGCAGUGAUUCUUCCCCUGUACUCAGCGCUGCUCCGGGGACCCCAGAAGCCCCCGCGGCAUGCCUGUGGAGCUCCAGGGACCCCAGCCCCCGGGUGUGGUCACGAUCGGCGCCUGCCCUGGCCCCGGCAGGAGAAAGGAGAGAGAGGGGGAGCCUCACCGGUGGGUACUGCACCCCUGUGGAAAAGGAGAGGGGAACUUCGGAGCACACAGAGGUUUGCCGUUCCAGGUUUGGGGGAGGGGAAGGGUGUCGAGCGGGCCAUGGGGGUCCUCAGACUGGCAGGAGGGCAAGCAGAGCAAUCCUGUACAAAAUGUCGCAGGUGA